AGCAGUCACAAAGGUUUGCGCACAGUUCCGACAAGCCUUACCCUUGAUUAGUCUUCUUCUCCAUCCUGGUCAGGCACCAGGGGCUUCUGCUCAUAUGCUGUAGUGGACAUCUUCCCGGCAGGUGGAAGAGGGACUUCCAGAUGCCCUGUCUUCAAGCAUGAAGCAUCUAAGCACUAGGAGAACCCAGCCCUUGCCAUCGAUGAUACCUGCCUGAAGCUUCCUGAAGAGGGAGCCCUGCUCACUGUUUUUAGACAAAAGACAGUCUGUUCCAGUUUAUGCACCCGCCACCAGGCCACCAGGCCACCAGAGCUGUGCCACCCAUCGAGGACCCUGGCAUUAGGAUUCUAGCCUAAUAUAUAUCUCUCAUCGCAGACCCUGUGAUGAACACGGAGGUGAAAACCCAGUUGGCCGAGCACCUGCUAGAGAGAUGGCCUAGAGCUGAAAGGAGACUGGAACAGGAUACUCAGGGGCCCUCCCAGCAACAUCCUCCCAGGAAUCAGGGGAGGCAUGCCUUGCUUAGCGUAUUCCCAGCCCACCUCCGCUGGACCAAGGGACCUCCCUGCAGCCAGGGCCAUCAGGAGAGGGAAGUGCAGAAAGCCACCAGUCCAAAGCCAGAGCCCGAGAAGAAGCCAGAGCACUUUUCAAGGAGCCACGGGGAUGCUGGGUUCCAGAAAGAGCCUAUGGUCCCAGGCAUCGUGGAUUUUGAGUUGAUCCAAGAGGAGCUGAAGAUCCCCAAGCCCCAAACGCCCAGCGCCUAUCGCUUUGGACGCCUCAGCCACCAUUCCUUCUUCUCUCGACACCACCCCCAACCACAGCGUGUGACCCACAUCCAAGAUUUCACCGGGAAGCCCGUCUGCGUGGUCAGGGACGAGUUCUCUUUGGCACCCUUGACUCAGUCUGCGCUCUUAUCCGGUUGUCUGAUGGCGAUGCCCACCAUCUCUGACCCCAUUGGGGACCCACAGUCCAAUCGGAACCCCCAGCUUUCUUCUGACACCUGGCAGAAGAAUCUAAAGGACCUAGCUUCCCGAGCAUUUACUAAGGAGAUCGAGCCAAGGACCAAUGAGCCUGGUGCCGAGCAAAGGAUCGAGCCUGGAAAGAAAGCCUUCCAGAAGGAAGAGCCUCCUCUGAGGGAGCAGGGGGCAAAGUACUCAGCUGAGACCGGUAGGCUUAUUCCAGCUUCCAGCCAAGCCCUCAGCCGCCGUGGCCACCAGGGGCAGCGGGGCCACUCUUCUGGCAGAGAUGGAGGAGUCCAAGCCUCCAUUCUGCAGGACCAGGACCUGCUGAUCUUGGAACUUCUUUGUCAGAUUCUACAAACAGAUUCCCUACACGCUAUCCAGUUCUGGCUGCUCUACGCUCCACCAAAGGAGAAAGACCUGGCCCUGGGACUUCUGCAGACAGCUGUGGCUCAGUUAAUCCCCCAGCCCCUCCCUUCCCUCCCAGAAGAAAAUCUCUUGAGUCAACUCCAAGAGCUUCAAGAACCUCAAGAGACGCAACAGACAACCUACAGUCCGUCCCUGAAGAAGACAAAGACACCACCUUUAUCCAAGGCAGAAAAACCAGAGUUCGUGGGCAAAGCCCAAGUCCUCCGCGUGCAUUCCGAUGAGGACUCGGAGGAGAAAACGACCAAGACAAAGGCCGAGAGCUGAGAAGCACAGAGAAGCACUCCAGAGCAUGGAGUCGUCUGCCUAGCUCAAAGGCAGCUUCUAAGCUUAUGAAGGGUGGGGCUCCUGUCUCACUAUGUCAACACCAGCCCCUGGUCUCCAGCCACACUCUACUAAAUAAAGUGCUGCCUCCCCUGGAUGAGGACAGUUCUACCCUCCCA